AUGAAGUCACCAUCUCCCCAACUUCUCCGCGCCCUGCGCACCUCAUUAGCCAACACCCGGCACAAUCCCGGCCAAACUCGAUUCUCCGUUCUACCAACCACCGUAUCACCAUGCCAUUCUAUCACCCCAGGUGCCGCGAUUCCUUCGGCGCGACGACACAACAGUUCAGCCGUGCGGCCGACUCGAAUGGUCUCACGCGCCCAUGCCCACAAACCUACCAGCCGUGACCGGGGCCCAGAGUCCCAGGAAGACACUCAGACCGACUUCAAUGCGUUGAAUGUACUGGGGAACAUCCCAGCGCCUACUACGGCGAUUGACGCAUGUCUUGACUCAGGCUUUCACCUCAACAACGGGGUCAAAGUCAGUAACGGCGAUGGAGUCUUGCUUGUUGGUGGUGAGGCAUUUGCCUGGCGGCCGUGGAAGGCCGUGGAGGGUGCUGAGAAUGACAGUGCGGCGAGGGAUUCUAUGCUCAAUGCCAAGGGGCAGUUUGAAUUGGAUGAGUCGGUCUGGGGGGUGUUGAACCUUGUGUGGCCGAAGCCCGGUAAGUUCAUUGCGGUUUAUGGUCUUUGGCCGUAUAUGUUGAUCCUCGGUCUUGGUGGCUCGAUGUUCCCGCUUUCGCCUGAAACCAAGCGUCAUAUCAACUCCCUGGGGAUUCGGGUUGACAUUUUGGACACUCGGAAUGCGGCCGCACAGUUCAACCUACUUGCCACGGAGCGUGGCGUGACUGAGAUUGCUGCUGCAAUGAUCCCCAUCGGGUGGAAGGCCCGACCUCUCUAG